AUGUCGCAAGUCCUCAUCCGUUCAGUAUGGGCGUAUAAUCUUGAUGAAGAGUUCUCUUUGAUCCAUACUCUUCUCCAGCAAUACCGCUUUGCGGCGAUCGACACCGAAUUCCCCGGUUUCAUCUACCACUCGAGGAGGCCUCACUUGCUCUCGGCAGAAGAAUUCUACGUUCUUCUCAAGUCCAAUGUCGACCACCUCCAUCUCAUCCAGGUCGGCCUCACCCUCUUCGACGCCAACGGCAACCUCCCCGACCUCGGCACCCACGGUGCCGUCUACUAUGCGUGGGAGUUCAAUCUUCGGGACUUCGACAUAUAUAGUCAUUGCUUUGCACCGGAGUCUAUAAACUUCCUCAGCUCCAAUGGCUUCGACUUCGACCAUCUCCGCACCUAUGGGAUCGACUCCAGCCUCUUCGCCCAAAGGUUGGUAGCAUCCCAUCUCGUUGGGAGUGACUCAAACAUAGAGUGGGUUACCUUCAGCGGCGCCUAUGACUUCGGAUACUUGAUCAAGAUUCUAAUGGGUAGCCCUUUGCCGGAAAGGAGGGAGGACUUCAUGCGUCUUUUGACGUCUUUUUUCGGUGAGAGAUUAUUUGACAUAAAGACGAUCAUGAGGUAUUGCGACGGACUUUAUGGAGGACUGGAGCAGGUUGCUAGAACGUUGAAUGUGGUUUCAACCGUAGGGAGACCUCGCCGGGCAGGCUCCAAUAGCGUCCUUGCCUCCCGAACCUUCUUGGAGAUGAGGAAUAGAUUCUUUAUCGAUCGCGAUAUGACCAUGCAUGCAGGGGCACCGCAUGGAUUGAAUUUUACUCGAUGA